UCUCGUGUCAGUGAGUGAGUGGCAAAGAUGGCGUGUUCCGCGGCUCGCAGCUCCGCACGCUGGAUCACAGUGGCCGUGUCCUGCAGCCACACACGGGCCUGCUCACCCUUCAUCUCCGGGGCGCAUGACGCCUACAGGCGCGUCUUGACGCUGUCGGGCCGGCAGUUCUGGGCAACGCGCGUCGGGGUCGCUGGAGGAGCCGGGAGCGCGGUGACAUUGAGAGGCAUGACAGCCGUGGGCCCUUCUUCUCAUCUCAUGUGCAAGAUGUCGUUCCACACCAGCUCUCCUGCUAGAAAACAGGACUUCUACCAGAUCUUAGGAGUCCCACGCUCUGCAACACAGAAGGAGAUUAAGAAAGCUUAUUACCAGAUGGCAAAGAAGUAUCAUCCAGACACUAACAAAGAAGACCCUCAAGCUAAGGAGAAGUUUGCGCAGCUGGCUGAAGCCUACGAGGUGCUCAGUGACGAGGGGAAGAGGAAACAGUACGACACGUACGGCUCCGCCGGGUUCGAUGCGGGUCAGGCCGGCGCGGGACAUCAGCAGUACUGGGGCGGGGGAGCCAGCAUCGACCCAGAGGAGCUUUUCCGCAAGAUCUUUGGGGAGUUUUCCGGAACGCGAGGCUUCGGGGAUUUCAAUGCCAUCUUCGAUCAGCCACAAGAGUAUGUCAUGGAGCUCACGUUCGCUCAGGCUGCCAAAGGAGUGAAUAAGGAGAUUACGGUCAGCGUCGAGGGCACGUGUCAGCGCUGUGGCGGCCGAGGCCAUGAGCCCGGAUCUAAAGUCCAGCACUGCGGGAACUGCAACGGGACUGGCAUGGAGACGGUGAACACGGGGCCUUUCGUGAUGCGGUCCACCUGCCGGCGCUGUGGCGGGAGGGGCUCGGUCAUCACGUCGCCCUGUACGGCGUGUCGAGGAACGGGACAGACCAAACAGAGGAGAACCGUCACGGUGCCUGUUCCUGCUGGAAUUGAAGAUGGGCAGACGGUCCGAAUGCCGGUGGGGAAGAAAGAGAUCUUCAUUACGUUCAGAGUCCAGAAGAGUCCGAUCUUCAGGAGAGACGGCGCUGACAUCCACUCAGACGUCAGUAUCUCUGUGGCUCAGGCCAUAUUGGGCGGCACGGUCAGAGCGCAAGGACUGAACGAGACCGUCAAUCUCUCGAUCCCAGCUGGAAUCCAGACCGACCAGAGGAUCCGGCUCUCUGGAAAAGGUAUCCCGCGGGUCAGCGGCUAUGGUUACGGUGACCACUACGUCCACGUCAAGAUCAAAAUCCCCAAGAUGUUGACAGACCGACAACGAGGCCUUAUGAUGAGCUACGCGGAGGACGAGACCGAUGUGGAGGGAACUGUCAAUGGCGUGACCAGCACCACUACAGGUAAAAGAUCCACUGGAAAUUGAGAGACUUGUUCUUGCUAGUGGAGAUUCA